GUUUUUUUAUAAAAAUAAUAAUUCCUGCAUAAAUAUAUUGUUAUUCUAGUUAAAUACAAGAAAAUACAAAAUUAUUCAAUAUGCCGAGUGAAAUGAUAACCCUUCAACUUGGCCAAUGUGGAAAUCAAAUCGGCUUCGAGUUUUGGAAACAGCUAUGUAUAGAACACGGUAUAUCGCCGGAAGGUAUUUUGGAGGAGUUCGCUUCGGCUGGAUCUGAUCGUAAGGAUGUGUUCUUCUAUCAGGCUGACGAUGACCACUACAUACCCCGGGCUGUGCUGCUCGACCUCGAGCCUCGUGUCAUUCACACUAUCAUGAACUCUCCGUAUGCAAAGUUAUACAAUCCGGAGAAUGUGUAUUUAUCUAAACAUGGAGGAGGGGCGGGUAACAAUUGGGCAUCAGGGUAUGCACAGGGAGAGAAACUUAAUGAGGAGGUUUUUGACAUCAUCAACAGAGAAGCUGACGGCAGUGAUAAUUUGGAGGGUUUUGUGCUGUGUCACUCAAUAGCGGGUGGUACAGGUUCUGGCAUGGGCUCAUACAUCCUGGAGCACCUUUCAGACAGGUUUCCAAAGAAACUGGUGCAAACAUACAGUGUCUUCCCAAAUCUAGAUGAAAUCAGUGAUGUAGUAGUGCAGCCCUACAACUCACUACUCACAUUGAAGCGCCUGACAGAGAGUGCGGACUGUGUGAUGGUGUUGGACAACACCGCACUCAACCGUAUCGCCAGCGAUCGCCUCCACAUACAGAACCCGUCGUUUGCACAGAUCAACACUCUAGUGUCAACUAUAAUGAGUGCGAGUACUGCCACAUUGAGAUAUCCGUCGUACAUGAACAACGACCUGAUCAGCCUGGUGGCGCCACUGAUCCCCACACCGCGGCUGCACUUCCUCAUGACGGGCUACACGCCGCUCACGGCUGACCAUGACCUUAAUACUGCGCCAAAAAUAAGGAAGACCACUGUCCUGGACGUGAUGCAGAGACUGCUGCAGCCCAAGAACAUGAUGGUGUCGCUCAGCCCCGACCGCGCCAACCAACACUGUUACAUAUCCAUACUCAACAUUAUACAGGGCGAGGUGGACCCGUCACAAGUGCACAAGUCGCUGCAGCGUAUCCGUGAGCGGCGGCUGGCGUCCUUCAUCCCGUGGGGCCCGGCGUCCAUACAGGUGGCGCUGUCGCGGCGCUCGCCAUACGUGCUGAAGGAGCACAAAGUCUCCGGCCUCCUGCUCGCCAACCACACUAAUAUAUCAUCACUGUUCGACCGGUGUCUCCAGCAGUUCGACAAGCUGCGCAAGCGCGAGGCGUUCCUCGAGGUGUUCCGCAAGGAGCCGAUGUUCAAGGAGUCGCUGGAGGAGUUUGACGAGUCCCGCAGCGUCGUCGACGACCUGGUGCAGGAGUACCAGGCGGCCGCUACGCCGGACUACGUGCACUGGAAUCCAGAGAGCAGUCACAUAUAACCAAAGCCAUUUUACACAUGAAGAGAUCUGAAAAAGGAGAAUUUAGACCCAGGCGUCUCAAAUUUUGUCUGUUAACUGAUGGUUUAAUUCCCUUAAAAUAAUCAAGUGCCAUUAAACUUGCUGUCUGAUUGUUACUGUAUAUAGUUAUGUAAUUAUUAGAAUUAAUAAAAUUAACAAAUAAGCUCUCGUUUCCUCGAAUGAAAGUGUAUGGUCAGACUUAUGUUGUUGUUAUGUAUUAAACUAGGCUAGAAGUUGCACAAAUUGUCACUUGAAUGUUAAGAAGUGAAAAAUCACUAAUUAGGUAACAUAGGUUAUAAUUAUUGGUAGUAAUUCCAGCAGUAUAUUAAAAGAGCUUUAAAUAAAAGGAACCAAUUUUUACGAAGUAUUUAUUUUUAAAUAAUGCUAACUCCACAUUCCCUGUUCUCACUUCUUGACAGUAACUUGAGGUUAACCCACACAUAUUUGGGCGUGCCCUAAAUCUAAAUCACAUGUAACGUCAUUACAAAUCACUCACUUUAAUUUUGUAAUGUUCAAUUUUGAAAAGAGAUUUUACA